UCUCAUUUGAAACUUUUUUUCAGAAAAAUGAAUUACUUCAUAUUUUUGGUUCAAUGCUGGCUCGGAAAUUAGCUGAAUUUGGUGACCAUAUUAAAUUAUUUGGAAAUAAUAUUAUUCAAAGAACUAUUGAACUAUAUUACGACAUUUUGAACAAUAUUCAUCCUUCACCAUCACACAUUCAUUACAUGUUCAGUAUAAGAGAUAUUGCAAGAGUAGUUGAAGGAUUACUUUGUGCCAACAAAGAUUACAUUGAUACUUUAGAAAGUUUCAAUCGUUUGUGGAUUCAUGAGUGCAUAGCUGUUUUUUCAGAUAAACUUGCCUCAGAUCAAGAUAUACAGCAGUUUUUCUUAUUUCUCCAUGAUAAACUUAAAUUACUUUCUAAUCAAACAUUAAAUAAUCUUUUUCCAGAAAAAAGAUAUCCACUCUUUUGUAACAUUAUUUAG